UCCAUAUACUCGUAUCAUUUCCCCAAACUUCAACAGUUUUGUUCUAAUUCCGAAAAUAGAAAAAACUAUGCAAAUUCUGACGGUGUUUUUAGGACUUAUCUUGAGUACAUCGCUAUCCGAGGCUGAGCUCGGCGUGAUCAGCGACAUAAGCGACGAAACCUUCGAGAUGCUGAUAUCCGGCGGCUACAAGCCGAAGAGCAACCGGCUGUCCCGCCACGUGGUCUCAAUCCGCACCAGGAACUACGUGAGGCACCGGGGAGACAACCACUUUUGCAGCGGCGUCCUGGUGAGCAGUCGCGCUGUCCUGACCGCCGCCCACUGCCUGACGGACCGGUACAAGGCCUCGAUGAAUCCGCGGGGCAUACGAGUGGUCUUCGGGCACAUAGCUCGUCUGGCGGCCUACGAAGAGCCAGACUUCCGCAGCGUGGAUCGCCUGGUGGUCCAUCCGGAGUACGAGCGCUACAAGAAGAACGAUCUGGCCAUUCUCAGGCUCUCCGAGCGCAUCCAGAGCUCCAACCACGACGUCCUCCCGCUGCUCAUGCGCAAGACGGCCAACGUGACCUAUGGCGAUACGUGCAUCACCCUCGGCUGGGGGCAGAUAUACCAGCACGGCCCUUACUCGGACGAACUGGUCUACCUGGACGUGAUCCUGAGGCCGCCCUCGCUCUGCGAGAAGCACUACGACACCUUCACCGCGGACCACAAUGUGUGCACGGAACCCGUGGACUCGGGCAUGAACUGCGCCGGGGACAUGGGCGGACCACUGCUGUGCAAGGGGGCGCUGUUCGGGCUCAUUGGCGGACACAUGGGAUGCGCGGGCGGCAAGGCCAUGAAGUUCCUCAGCUUCCUGUACUACAAGGACUGGAUUCUGGUCACCAUCCAAUCUCUUUCCGACUCCGGGGCUGGAGUACCCUUAGGCAGUGUUUUUCUUAUACCCUUCGUACUGAUUCUCGUAAAUUAAUAUACAAAA